ACACCCUAGCCUAGCGCACCUCGACCCUAAUUGUGCACCUCGUAGCUCGUCCCCUCCCUACCCUCUCCUCUUCGUCGCGUAGCUCACGCCAGUCGCCACUGUCCCGCGCCCGCCAGCACCUUAGUUCGUAGCCGUCCCACCUCCCGCCACUGGUUCGUAGCCUGCACCAGCUCGCGCCAGCCCACCUGCUCGUUUGCUCGCCAGUCCGCCAGCACGCCUGGUCGCCAGUUCGCACGCUAGCCAGCUUGCACGCUCGCCAGCCUGCCUGCUCGCCAUCUCGCCAGCCUACAAGCCCGCGUACUCGCCACCUUGCACGCUCGCCUGCUCGCGAGCACGCCUGAUCGCCAUCUGGCAUGCCCGCCUGCUUGCUCGCUAGACUGCUCACCAGCCCGCCUGCUCGCCUGCUUGCCAGCAGCGCCAGCAGCCAGCUCACUGGCUCACUAGCGCCACCAGCGCCAGCAGCCAGCACCAGGUAGCUUGCUAGCGCCUGCCAGUGCUAGUACCCAGCAGCACCAGCAGCCAGCAGCGCCAACAGCUAGCAGCGCCAGCAGCCAGCGCCAGCAGCCAACAGCCAGCACCCAGCGCCAACUGCCAGCAGCCAGCAGCGCCAGCAGCCAACAGCCAGCAGCCGGCAGCCAGAAGUGCCAGCAGCCAGCACCAGCAGCCAUCAGCCAGCUUGCUGGCUCACCAGCGCCACCAGCGCCAGCAACCAGCAACCAGCACCAGCCGCCAGCUGCCAACAGCCAGUAGCCAGCGCUGGCUGCUGCCACCCGCUGCCAUUACCGUAGCUACUACUGCCCGCUGCCGCCCUGCUACUGCCUACUGCCACCCACUGUUGUUGUAGCUGCCAAUACCGCAGCCACUGCUGCUGCCACUGUGGCCGCUGCCACAGCCACCGCUUCUGCCGCCGCUGCCUCUGCAGCCACCGCUACUACUCCUGUCGCCACUGCUGUUGCCCACCGUCAGCUUCGGCCUCCAGCAGCCGACCACCAGCCGCCAGCACCAAUCACCAGCCGCCAGCAGCUGACCACCGACCCUCAGCCGUCAGCCGCCAACUGCCACCACUCGCGGCGAGCUAUUCACCACCAGCCGCCAGCCGCCAGUCGCCAGUCGCCAGUCGGCCGCCUGCCACACGAGUCCGUUGUGCCCCGUGGACUGACCUUCGUCCUGUGCUGCCAGUCCUAGUACCUCCUAGCUAGCUCCUUGGUAUACUGCUCCUAGUAGAUCCUCUCGCGCGUACUUCAUCCUCGUUUGCUCCCCACUCCUCCUAGCAGCUCCUAGCCUACCGUCAGCCGCCGGCUAGCUGCUACUGGUGUCUUACAGUCACUAGCCGCUGCUGCUACCAGCCUCGUGCUCACUGCCACUGCUUUGGCUACAGUCGCCACUACUACAACCUCUGAUUGUACUCCUCUAGCACCUAGUGCCUCCCACUAGUAUCCUGAUCGUUUCUAGAGCUCCUUGCCGCCUCUCCCCUUGGCAUGAUGGCCUCGUUUGCGUCAGUCCCUCGGCCAAACUGCCGAGCACUCCCCUCCACUCUCCGAUUUCUCGCUCACCGUCUACAGCUGGUGAGCCCGCACCUAGACUGCAUGCUCCUAGAGGAUCACAUGAGUUACCUCAUUGGCUUCUGGCUACAUGACCUCGACAUCUAUUACGGGUUCUCUGGCUAGUGCCACAGCGGCAGCAGCAGCAGCAGUGGAGGCAGUAGCAUCAGCAGCGGCAUCAGCCGCAGUGGGGUCUUGGGGGUGCUAGGCGAGCUGGAGGCUCUAGAGGUGCGGCCCUGGGGCGGUCAUUGCCCUGGGGCCAGUGUGAUUUCUUUGGAGGACCGAGGGCCUUGGGGCUUAGGUGUCUAGGUCCCACCACUGUAGUGCUACACUUGUGUAAAAAUACCCAUUGUUGUGGUGCUGCCAAUAUUAUGAACCCACUAUGGUGCUACACUUGU